UGUCACUCAAAACAAUUCGAUCGGUCUUUGUGUUACUGAGGUCUUUGGCCUACUUGUUUUUAUUAUUUUAAAUUUAAAUAAUUCCAUGUAAAAACUUGUCGAAUCUCAAUUGGUUAAAUCAAAUGUAGUCGUAAAUAGUGUUAUUGUAGAUAUUUAGAGUUAAGUUUCUGUUUAGUUAAGUUGUAAAUGAAUGUUUUAAAAUGCCUGGCAUUAGAAAAUAUCGACGUGACACGACCGAAGUCAGCUGUUGUCUUAAAUAUGUUAUAUUUGGAGUCAAUGUUCUUUUCUGGUUCCUCGGAUUGAUUGUAUUAGCUGUGGGUGUGUGGGCGUGGAGUGAAAAAGACACAUUCAAUAAUCUUUCAAGACUUACAAAUAUAGCUCUGGAUCCAGCAUUCAUAUUUAUAUGUGUUGGUACAGUAACAUUCAUAAUUGGAUUCACUGGUUGUGUUGGAGCCCUGCGAGAGAACACAUGCCUGUUAGCGUGUUAUGCAGUGUUCCUUGCUUUGCUAUUGCUAGCUGAAAUGACGGCUGGGAUCCUGUUUUUCGUAUUUAAAGAUUGGAUCAAACUACAAGCUACGACUGGCUUCCAGACUUUCAUCACUCACUAUAGAGAAGAUCCUGAUCAACAGAACUUGAUAGAUUGGAUUCAGGAAGACUGGUUACAAUGCUGCGGCGUAGAGGGGCCUCGAGAUUGGGAUCGCAACGCAUACUUCAACUGUUCGAGUGGGGCGGUCGGAUCUCGAGAGGCGUGUGGCGUGCCCUUUAGCUGCUGCCGUAGCAAGCCGCAGGAUAUUAUACGGAAUAAACAGUGCGGCUAUGACGUCAGGAAACCUACUUAUAGUUUUGACAUAGCUAAGAUAAUAUAUGACAAGGGCUGUUUAGAGGCCGCUGAAGAAUGGUUUGACCACAAUCUGUUGAUAGUUGCCACAUCCGCUGUGUGUACCGCUUUUGCACAAAUUCUGGGAAUAUGUUUCGCGCAGAACCUCCGCGCUGACAUAUUUGCCCAGAAGUCGAAAUGGCACUGACAAUCAGCCUCUCCUGCCGCCGUGUGACGUCACAUGCGACACACCCGCGACCUCUACCUGCCGCUCUACUCGUCCCACUGUUAGACAAUAAUCGUAGUUCUCUUCUAGUUGCAUAGAUGGCGCUGAUAUAAAUUCCUUGAAGAUUUGUAAGAUUAUCUGUGGCGGUAUAAUUAAGCGGGAACGUUUGUUUCAUUUGGAAGUUGUAUAACUUCUAAGGUGUUUUUAUUUUAUUGUCCUUUAUAAUACUAUUUUACAUCACAGUUACAUACACAAUAUAAUACUUUUUCUCCUUGUUAUGAAUGUUAUGUCUAACAACCCGUUUAAUUUUACAAAUCUUCAUAGUUGUAUUAUUACAAAAUUAAGCUUUCCAUUUCAUCUUGCUCUCCGUACUCUAUUUAUCUCCUGCCUUGGCGAAUCUUGACUAUCCCCGUAUGUUUAAGCAAAUGUUGAAUGUUGUUAGAAUUUAUCCAAGGUGAUAGACAUGACUUUAAUGUUAUACAGAUCUCGUUGAUCGUGCAUAAUGCAUUGUGUUCAUAUAUUGUCCAAGUCUAUACGGAAGCUGUGAGAUGAAUUUAGAGGAAAUUUUAUAUACAAAGCUAGUAUUGGCGUUAUGAAGUUAGGUAUAUUUAUGAGAUUAGGAGAUUGUAUUCCGUUGGCUGUUAAUUGGAUUUUGUAUAUAUUCAUUUACUAUUUAUGUGUGAGUGACUCUUUGUUUUGUGACAAGAUUGUUUGGUGUUGGCGAGUGAUUUUUGUAUUGUUUUGCAAUAACUAUCUUAAACGAGUCCGAGAUAAUUGCUGUUUUAGUGGGAAAUGUUGCCUUUGUAAUAUUUGAAAGUUUAAUCUUGUCACAUGACAGAAAGUAUAUCGCUUGAUGCCUUUUAUAAUAUAAAGUUAUUAAUUAACUAUACUAAGGAUUGAAUUGUUGAAAGUGUGGACAUUAGCGGUGUUUUGGUCGCGCGCUGAGCGUCAGGAGACUAAAAGUUGACAAUAAUAAAUAUUGACAUAAUAUUUUUACAUAAUAAAUGAUAUUAUAAGAAGUAUUAUUUACUGGUAGAGUUAGUUAUUAGGAAUACUCAUACAUUUACUUUUAUCGUUGUAAAACUAUUUAUUAGGCAUUGUGUUUCG